GAAAUAGAGAAACGUGCUCGGUGACGUCACUUCUAAGAUGGCGACGAUGAUGGCAUGAACAUAAACGCAGCAAGAGGUCAACAUUUCUUCCAAGGUCCUGAUCUCCACUCUAAGAGAAAGUAAAGUGUUAAAUUUACGGGUUUGACAGACUAUCAGGAGCCUGAUCAAUAUGGCUUUACUUGGGAAUCUGAGGCCGAUGCUGUCUUCAAUCCUGCAAGCCUCCCAGUGUGUGUUCCCCUGGUCUGGACCUCUCUUAAGCAGGACCAUGGCUACACUCAAUCAGAUGCAUCGCCAGGGCAAACCAUCCCCACCGCCCAAAAAGCUUGGUGCCACAUUCGGUCGACCUCAGCUGAAGGCCGUAGUCCUGAAGACCAUGAUCAGGAAACCCAAAAAGCCCAACUCUGCCAAUCGCAAAUGUGCACGAGUUCGUCUCUCCAACGGUAAGGAGGCAGUGGUGUUUAUUCCAGGUGAAGGACACAAUCUCCAGGAGCACAAUGUUGUAUUGGUGCAAGGAGGUAGGACACAGGAUCUGCCAGGUGUCAAGCUCACAGUAGUCAGGGGCAAAUAUGACUGUGCUCAUGUCGUGAAGAAGAAACAUUGACACCUUCAACCAGAUCGAGACUGUCCACUCUUUUUGUCGUUUUUUUUUUCUUCUUCUCAUAAUUGUUUAUUGUAUUUAAUUACAAUAACAGAGCAUCUCUGUUCUUGACCAAUUUCAUUUUGAAUUUAUAAAUGUUCUCAUUGUCUGUUUCCACAAAAUAAACCAAACAAACCCAAACAA